AUGGCCAGCCAGCAGGCCAAGUGGCGCGAGGAGCAGGUCCUCGUCAUCUGCCCUGGCAGCCUCACCACUACUGCACAGCUGGGAUGCCACGACCUGACCCCUCCCGCCCACCGCAUCCCCACGCGCAUGUUCUGGGACGACGAGACUGGCCAGUACACCCCUUACCACACCUACAAGCGCAAGAAGGCCUCCGCCUCCGCCGGCGACAAGGACGAGUGGGAGUUUGUCGAGGACCGCGACAGCGUCAAGGGCGCCAUCUACCCCAUCGUCGGCGGACGCAUUGUGCAUAUGACCGCCUUCCUCGCCUUCCUCGACCACGUCCACGGACUGCUCACCAACACCUACCACAAUACCCCCAUCGUCCUCGUCAUAUCUCCGCGCUGGACCCGACCAGACUGCGAGAUUAUCACCCAGUACAUCUUUGAGAAGACCAAGACGCCCGCCCUGUGUCUGCUCCAUAACGCUGUCGCAGCCCAGUACGGCGUGAAAUGGCCCUCUCUGACCGUGAUCGACAUUGGCUACGAGAAGGUUGACGUCACUUGCAUCUACGACUACAACAUCGUGAACCGCGGCAUGCUAGGCUUUCCUUGCCCCGAGAGGCACAUCUCUGGCGGCGAUGUCUUUACCCGAAAGCUGCAAUCCCUUCUCAAGGAUAAGAGAUUCACCUACGACAUGGCCGAGACCCUGAAGAAGAGCCCCCUCUGCGAGGUUCUCCCCUAUGCCGGCGACCUGCCCGAGCUCAUGGAGCUCCCCACCGACGAGCCCACCACGGCCCUGGGCCAGCCUGCAGGCGGCGCCCUCCCUAUCGCCGAGAGUUCGCGAGCCGCAGAGCUCCCCAAGCCCGUAAUCGCCCUCGGCGGCGACAUCGAAAACGGCUUCGCCGAAGGUAAAGAGAGCGAGGAAGGCGUUCUCGAUGUGGCCAACAUCGUUACGAGCGGAAACACUCGAGAGUUCCUUGCCAAGCGAGAGAAGGAGAAGGCUGAGAAGGCAAAAUCGAGGAAGCAGGGUAAGGGUCAGGAAGCCGAACCUGCAGCUGCGAAACCUGUCCGACUGCCGAACUCUAGGCGAAAGGUUGUGACCUUCCAUUACGAAGAGCUGGUCCACGAAGACGUCGAGGUCCCUAUCUCGGCCGGCGCUCCCAAAGCGGACCCCGCCGCAGCCACUACUGGUACCGCGGCCGGCAACACGUCCGUGCCAGUAGAGGGCGCGCCCACAAACCAGGAGGCGACAGCCGCAGCAAAGUCGGAUCCCGAGGGUACUGCUACCGGCGAGACGAACGGCGGUAGCGACGCGGCGGAGCCUGCCACCGCCGGCGCCUCGGCCACGGAGCGACGAACGAAGCGCGUGCGACACGACAUCGAGGUGGGACUCGAGCGAUUCCUCUUCGCCGACCGUUGGGAGAUCAACCGGAUCACGGACACCAUCUACCGCACCAUCCAGACCGUCGACGACCUGUACAAGCGCCCGGCCUGCUGGGACAACCUCCUGUUCGUGGGCAACGGCAGCCGCCUGCGCGGCCUGAAGGAGAACAUCAUGCAGACGCUGCUCGCGCGCCACCUGGUGUCGCCGUCGACGGCGACCAUCUUUACGUCGGAGCUCCCGUCGAACAUGGCGACGCCGAGCGGGACCGGAUCGCAGACGCCGACGGGCUCGUUCACGGGCCCGCUGCCGACGACGAGCUCGGUGAACCCGCUGCUGCAGGCGGCGACGGCGGCGGCGACGCUCGGCGUGCCCGGCUCCUCCUCGGGCGGCGACGGCGGCGCCGGCAGCAGCAGCGGCCAGCAGGCCCAGGGCCAGCUGACGCAGCAGCAGCAGCAGCACCACUCGCACUCGCACGGCCAGACGCCGAUGAGCAUCAAGCUGGCCGCGCUGCCGACCUACCUCGCCGAGUGGACCAAGCACGGCUACGAGGAGGCCCCGUUCCUCGGCGCGCUCAUCGCCGGCCGCCUCAUCUACUGCAUCCACCACCAGGACCCGCAGGCGGGCGAGGCGCUCCGCAGCAUGAGCAUGACGCGGGUCGAGUACAACGAGCAUGGCCCGAAGCUAGUCCGCUCCCGCUCCGUCAUCGGGUAG